AUGGAUCAACUGACAAUUGAUAUAAAAAAGGCAGAUGUUUGUGAUGCAGAUAUGCAUCGAUAUCUUUUUUCAACUUCAAUUGACAAUGAAAGCAUAAUAAACAUAACAAAAGGAUUAUUUACAUUUAGUUUAGAUGACUUUACAUGUAAACCAUUUUCUGAAAAUAAUAAAAUUGGGGUUGGAAAUUUUGCAGAUAUAUAUAAAGUUUUACAAAAAAAUGGAAAAUAUGUUGCAUUAAAAAUGUUAAAAACACAUAAUACAACAAUUAACUAUCAUUAUUAUAAUGAGAUAAAUGCCUUAAAACAAUUAAAUCAUCCAAAUAUAAUAAAAUUUCUAGGAAUUUUAAAAGGUAACUUACUUGGAAUUAUUUUAGAAUAUCAUGAAGGUGGUAAUUUAAAGGAUAUAUUAAAAAAUUGGAAGUCUCAAUAUUGUGAAAAUAUAAAUAAAUGGAUUAUUGGUUUAUCAUCUGCACUAGUUUCAAUUCAUAAUAUUAAUUUUUGUCAUGGUGACAUUAAUCCUUUUAAUAUUUUGUUGUCUAAUGAUUUAAAGACAGCAAUCUUUUGUGAUUUUGGUUCUUCGAAAGAAAAUAAUCAAAAACCAGAAGCAUUUGCAGGAAUGUCAUGUUACAGACCUCCAGAACUUAAUUUUUCUUCUUCAUAUACAACAAAAUGUGAUAUUUACAGCUUUGGUAUGGUUUUGUGGGAAAUAUUUACAAGAGAGUCACCAUAUGAUACAUCUAAAAAUGAAAUUGAAAUUAUGUGGAAUGUUGCUUAUGCUAAUUUGAAACCAAAUAUUUGUAAUAGUAAAAUUCCAGUAUCUUUUCAAGAAAUUAUUAAUUCAUGCUUAGAAGUAUGUCCAGAUAAUCGAAUAUGUUCAGAGGUGUUGUAUAAAAAAAUAACAGAAAUCUUGUGA